AGCCCAUUAUUAGCCUACGAGUUUUAGGAGGCAAAGCCGUUCCAUUUCAAAACGAAAGCAAAAGCUUUCAGAAGCUUCUUCCCGCCCUUUUCCGUACUGUUUCCGAUCAAUGGCUCCCAAAUCCGAUAGCACCGACGCUAUCGUUCUCAGAUACUUGAAUGAGCAAAAUAGGCCACUAAAUUCUCAAAAUGUGGCGGAUGCAUUGCAAAAAUACAACCUCAAAAAGGCAGCCAUACAAAAAGCUCUGGAUACUCUUGCUGAUAAUGGGAAGAUUUCAUUCAAGGAGUAUGGUAAGCAGAAGGUAUACCUUGCUCGGCAAGACCAAUUCGACAUUCCAAACAGUGAGGAGCUCAGCCGGAUGAAGCAAGAAAAUGAAAAACUGCAAGAACAGUUGGGUGAACAAAAGAGAUCGAUUAGCGAGGUUGAGGGAGAAAUUAAAGCUUUGCAGUCAAAUUUGACCCUGGAACAAAUAAGGGAGAAAGAAGCCAAACUGACAAAUGAGGUUAAUGAAAUGGAGGACAGAUUGGAAAAAUUGCGUGGAGGAGUUACUUUGGUCAAGCCAGAAGACCGCAAGGCAGUUGAGCAAAUGGUCUAUGAGAAAAUAAGUCAAUGGAGAAAGCGCAAAAGGAUGUUCAAAGAUCUGUGGGAUUCUAUUACUGAGAAUUCACCUAAAGAUGUCAAGGAAUUUAAGGAGGAGAUCGGGGUUGAAUAUGAUGAAGAUGUUGGUGUGAGUUUGCAGUCAUAUAGUGACCUGCUACAACGUGGCAAGAAGCGAUCAUCUAGUGACCUGCAACAACAGUGUGCAAAGCGACCUCCACUCCAGUGAGUUUUUUCUGAUGAAGCCAUGCAUAGUCAACGAUUUGGAAAUGAGUUGCCUGGCUUUCUUAGCAAAGGAUGAUCUGCUUCAAAUGUAUGUAAUGUAUCUUUUGCAUGCUCUGGAGAUUAAUAUUUAGGCUUAUGUCAUGUAUCCUAGUUGAUAAAUCGACCGUUUACUGAUUUAACA